UUGGCAUCACUCCUACCCGAGUAUCCGUCAACAACCAACCAGCAAGGAUCGUGACCGAGUGCGACGCAGCUUAACUCUUCAUUUGACUGCUGGGGGAAAUCCAGCCCUGCCUCCGAGGUACGUGCGAUUGAUCUGUUCACAUACUUCUAUGUUCCCUUCGAGGCUCCCCCAUGCACCGUCUCCCAUUCAAAGCACGAUGCUUCCUCGCAUCGAAAUCCCAUUUUCUCAAGUACGAAGUAUUUGCUCAAAUGCGCCGAUGGAGCAUGAACCCCGCCUUGGUACCUGCCUAUCCCGUGGGCGCUCAGUUGCCCCUCCUGCGAGAAACAGGGUUCAAAGGGUCCUUCCUCUCAUAAUCGAAUCAAUAAUCCGUCGUGCUUUCCUCGAGUCUUUUUUGGGGGGGUUUGCCUCUUGGGGUAUCAUGCCGUUUUCCCAAUCCCCUCCUCCUUCUCGUCCUUGUUCUACGAAGUACCGCCAACAUGUCCUUCAUUUCUGCUCGGGCACGUUGAAUAGCAUCCUCUCGCGGGCCCAGCUCUCCCGCUAUCAACCACAGGCUGUUAACCCCGCCAUCAAGACUCUUCCCCCUCCCUUUCGCGACGGCAAGUCUAUUUGCCAUCGUAUACCCUUACACAUCACACCAGUUAUCACCUCUCUUAUUUCGGGGACCUCUCUUGAUCCAUCUGAAAUUCACAACCCAGUACUCCAGUAUUUACCUUGUUCAUUGUUUCUUUUGUUCAGUGUCGUGAAUUUCCAACCACAGUCUUCAAGCUCGAGAGAACCAUCCCGGCUGGUAAGGUUACCUCCUCCCCCCUUUUGCCCCCAACCAACCCACCAACCAACAACGUCGACGCACCUGUACGGUAUAUUUGUAUUAUCUUCUGUUGGUUUAUGUCCAAGAGUCGCUUCGCCCAAAUCGCCGCUCGAACAUCGUCUACGCCUUUUGUCCUGGGCGCUCUAACCACAUAUCAUGACAGCCCUCUCCGCAACCCGUCCAGGCGGAUAACCUGGCUUGCCUUUCAAACAACCAUCAGAGAUACCCCGGUGAUUUAUUAUAACAACCACUACAAAAAAAAAAAAAAAAGGAAGC